CAGCGCCGCGUCCGACCUACUUGUGACUUCUCUCAAACCAUCAUCUUGUUCACUUCUUUCGUCCCUCCUUGAGUAUGCCCGCCUCUCUUACCACAACUCCUGCUGAGCUCUUAGAACAAAUCAUUCUAAUCACAACUCGCCAGCAUCACCAAGGCCCUCCCAGUGCUUUACGCUCCUUACGAUUAACGUGCCGCAUGUCCAACAAUGCACUUUCACCUCAAUCAAACUCAUACCUAUACUUCAUGUUGUUCAUGGACAGAUUUUCUCCUUGGCGGCAGUUUCCGGGCGGUCACUUCGCAGUUCACAAUAUAGAGCAUGAGUUGAGGAAACGUUUUCGAGCACUCCAGCGCAUUCGCCGAGGUGAUAUUACUGAUCCUGAAAUUUUGGAAUCCCUUUCCACUAUAUAUAUCAUGAUACUGGAGGAUGAUGGUCGGAACUGGGACCAGUUGCUUUGGGCUCAACUUCCCAGUUUCAUGACCCGCUUCCUUCGGGAACGCUUGAUGGUGGGUUCCGAGACCAACAACGGCUGGCCCACAGAGAAUGAGGUCAAUGUGUUAGCGGUUUCCAUUUUCUGGUUAAUGUCUUGCACAGAGUCUAUACGCGAUGAAACAGAUGAGCUCAGGAGAGAGUUUGUGGAACUACUGUCACCAUACUCCUUUGCCGGCUUUCGAUAUCCAUGCUUCACUGGGAUCGAGUACAAUUUUUGUCCUUCGGAAAAUUCUCGUAAGACUGUUACUACAUCUGCUCAUGGUGCAUAUCCUCCCAACCGCCCAGUUUCAAUUACCAUAAACUACUUUGGGCGACUGAUACCGUUCAAUCUGCCACCACUUGCACCAUACGCUAUCCUCGUUCACUUUUCCCGUCUGGAGACCCGGCCUCUCAUGAUCCCUCCGCACCUACCAGAGACUCGAGCGGUCGCUGUCGCGAAUGGUAUUUCAGGUCCUACGAAGGAGGACAUAGUGUACUUUAAUACUCGUUGCAAGACUCACUUUCCGGGCACUAUGUACGGCAACAACUUCGACACUCUACUCAAGAGUCGGCGUCAUGACCCAGAUUGGACGCGUUCCAUUCGUGAUCCUCUCUAUCGCUCCCCUUCUUCCUUACCUGGACAGUAUAUCCCUGGCACAAUCUCCGGUCGUUGGCAGGGAUCUUUCAUCGCCCCGUAUUAUAAUGUGUACAAGGACAUGUUGUCAUCUCCCACUGCUCCAUCACCAUUUCCAACAUUUGGCCGAUUCCCUCUUUAUGUCACAUUCAGAGAGCUUUACUGUUACUCCCCAUCAAUUCCCCUCCCCUUGGAAGAAAAUGAAGGCGCGUUUGAAAAUGCUUUUUUGCCAAUCGGUUGUCGGUGGCAUGAGACUGAGGCAGGAAUUGAAUUUACCGGAGAAAACAUGUCGUUCAAGGCCUAUUAUUCUCUGCCAAGGCAAGAACACCUCGAUAUUGGCUUUGUUGGGCGCACUGCCUGCGAGUCGAGGCCAAGUGCGCAUGGCGUUUUUGAUGUCAUCAUCACAGGAGUGACGGAGGAUCGCUACGCAGCUGCUUGGGGCGGCUACCGGUACAUGGGACGGAUACGGCCCUCAGAUGGUCUAAUCGUUCUACUCCGUGAACCACUGAACCCUCAAAUGGUCGAGCUUGGGCGAGCGUUAUUCAGAGGCUACAUCGUCUCCUCUCGCAACUUUGUGGGUCGCUGGAAAUUUAUCUCCAGCGCCGUUCAUCCUGCCGAAUGGGAAUCGAUAUUCAGUUUGUGCAAAGAUGUGUCACGGGAAUAGUUGUCACAUUGACCCACUGAUGUGAUGUACGCUCUCGUAAAAUGUGUAUAUCUAGCUAUAGUAUAAUUUACCAAUAC